AUGGCCCCAUACUCUCAUAUCAUGAAUUCCAUCCAGGGGUCUCUCUCCCAAGAGAUAAAAUUGAACGAGAAGGAUGACGCGGAGAAAGAAGACAUUCGCUCAAAGGACAAGAGCGCUGCUAAAGGAUUUAAGUGCAAGUCUUUUAGUCUCCCUUUCAGCGUCGAAUCACUCAUUUCAAACAGAUCGACAUGUCGGACUCAAUAUUCUUCCUCUGAACUAGGUGUGGUUCCACCCAAGCCUGUGGCAGAACAGCCGAGGCAACAUUCUCCAAGGACAAUUUACGCAGAGCAUAACCUUUCCCCGGACAGCAUUCCAAAUGUAUCCGACUGCCCGAAGAAUGAGGGCGAAGAACUUCACGAUAGCGACCAGAGCACUUGGUUUCAGACUUCAUCGUUCGCCACUCCGACAAGAAAUUCCAGCCCACCUCCAUGUCCACUUCGGAAACACAAGAACAACAGAAAACCUCGUACGCCUUUCACUACUUCGCAGUUGCUUGCCCUGGAGAGAAAGUUUCGUCAGAAACAGUACUUGUCUAUUGCCGAGAGGGCGGAAUUUUCCAAUUCUCUAAAUCUUACAGAGACACAGGUCAAAAUUUGGUUCCAAAACAGAAGGGCCAAAGCCAAAAGGCUACAAGAAGCCGAACUGGAAAAAUUCAAACUUGCAACAAAGCCGCUCCUACCUGCUUUUGCUUUCCCUUUCCCGUUGGGAGCGCACAUGGGAUCUCCAUCGUUAUAUGGACCUUCAAACGCCUUCCCGAGGCCUACCUUACCGGUUCCUGGACUCUUCGGUGGACCUGUCACCUAUGGAAUGUAUUAUUUGUCUUAAAUAAGUGAAGCACAAUAGAGAAAAUUCAAUAUAGAGUCUUGUAUAUGGUCUCAUCUCAGCCCCUUAAGCGCAGUGAUACUGUGUGUCAUCACCUGUCAAUAUGGUUUCUCGAUUCGUAAAAAUUGUCACUCAUCAACACAGUGAAGAUAUUUUUCAACAAAAUGAUUUAUCAAGCACACUAAUAUGCUCAGUGGGUUUUCAAAAAAUGUAACUUUGGAAUGUUCCCUUUUUGCAAUUGCUUUAGGAUUAAUGACUUUACUUUUUAUUAUUUAGACAAAUGCCUUUGUGCCUCUUUUCCAUUUCAGCACCAGUCUAAUGCUUUUAUUAAGAGGGUACAAGAGUGUCAUUACCGUUUGACUGCGACGUUAUUUGUUUUGGAAGUAAAUGUGGUACUAAGAUGCAGGAAAAAAAUGUCCCGCAUUUGGCCCAGUCGACAAGUCAGUUGUAGUUUUUUAGCAAAUUGCCACAAAGACAACCGUGUAUAAAUGUAUUCUUUUCGUACAAGAGCAUAUCUUGCUUUGAAUUUGUACUUUCAGAAACCAAAUAUUUAUCAGCUUUGAGCAAAGAUUUUUAGAGUAUCAAUUCUUUCUAUUUGGCAAAACAUUUGAAAUUUAUUUUUAAGAACAUCUUGGUAUGUUAAUAUGCGCGAUUUAUAUGAAGUCCAAUAUUUUUAUCUAAAAAUACAUAAGGGCUAUUUUUUCUGUUUUCUAAAGUUUAUAAAGCCCCAUUUGUUCGUCCAAACGUUGCAAAUUGUGUAAAUGAUUGUGCCUUCCCGCUUAUUUCUAUUUGCGUGGCCUAUUUUAAAACCCGGACAUGUUACUAGCAAAUAAACACAUAAAACAAAUAGUAGGCCUACACUUAAUGCGUUUCAAUGUUUUUUUGUAUGGUGGGUGCUUUUGGGUUUCUGUAAAUGGACAUAUUUCUAACAUCCAAACUGAGCUCUGGAGAGAAAAGUACUGUAAGUUCAGAUGCAUUAUGAACGAUUAAUAUUGGUUUUAUAUUCUUUGUGUAAAACAUAUUGUUCUAUUGUAAAUAGGAAAUUUUGACUAUCGCUGAUGUACUUUUGCAAGUUGAUAAAAAUAAACAGGAUUGUUGAUAUUUAUAAAUACUGUCUGUGUUAUGUGUACUAUGUACAUGUAUAUAUGUUAAUUGUACAGAUAAGUUAGAG